UUAAAUUUCCUACUCUUAUCACACACACUCUCAGAUACACACUUCUCCAAUUAUUUGCGUCUCUUCUACUCUGCUGUCUGCACACAUCAUACACCAGACUCUCACCACUCUCUCAAAACCUGUGCCCAAAUAACUCCCUCAACAACCUUCUCUCUCCACCACCACACCACCAUGUCCACCACCACCACCACAGAGCAAGACACGUCACGUGACUCUCACACGCACUUCUACUCCACCACCGGCAACAACGUCGUCACAGACGACGACGACAGCGACCUCGAUGACGAUGACCAGCAGCACCACCACAACUAUGGCGAAGACAAAAGAGAAUUCACCCAAAGAGCAUGGUGCUGCAGAUCCCGCGGCAGCAGGUGGAGGCAGUGGUGGCCAACGGGUAAAGUUCUGGACCCGAGGUCGAAAUGGGUCCAAGAAUGGAACAGAGUGUUUCUUCUGGUGUGCGCGACUGGUCUAUUCGUGGACCCGUUGUUCUUCUAUGUGCUCUCUGUGAGCGACACGUGUAUGUGCCUCUUCGUGGAUGGUUGGUUCGCCGUAACGGUAACGGUUCUGCGCUGCAUGACGGACGCACUACACGUGUGGAACAUGUGGCUGCAGCUCAAGAUGGCGAAGAGGAUCUUUGGUUUGGGUGCUGCCGCUGCCGGCGGUGGUGGUGAUGGAAGCAGCGGAGGGGUGCUGAGGGACACUAACCCCCGUACUGUAGCUGUUGGGUAUCUCAAGGCUAAGACUGGAUUCUUCUUUGAUAUCUUUGUUAUCCUUCCAAUACCUCAGAUAGUGGUGUGGGUGGGAAUCCCAUCUUUGUUAGAGAAAGGGUCAGUGACAUUGGUGAUGACAGUGUUGCUGAUAAUGUUUCUGUUGCAAUACCUUCCCAAAAUAUAUCACGCAGUUUGCCAUCUUCGAAGAAUGCAGAACCUCUCUGGCCACAUUUUUGGAACCGUUUGGUGGGGUAUUGCUCUUAACAUGAUUGCCUAUUUUGUCGCCUCUCAUGCAGCAGGGGCAUGUUGGUACUUGUUAGGAAUCCAGAGAGCAGCAAAGUGCCUGAAAGAACAGUGUGCAAGAACAGAUGGUUGUGGAUCAAGGAUUCUUUCAUGCAAAGAUGCAAUAUACUAUGGAAGCACAAGAAGCUUGGUUAGUGACAGAGCAAGGUUGGCUUGGGCAGGGAACAGGGAAGCAAGGUCCAUUUGCUUAGAUGGGUCUGACAAGUAUAACUAUGGAGCUUAUAAGUGGACUGUUCAACUUGUCACCAAUGAUAAUCGAUUGGAAAAGAUACUUUUCCCUAUCUUCUGGGGCCUAAUGACUCUCAGCACUUUUGGUAACCUAGAGAGCACAACAGAAUGGCUAGAAGUAGUUUUUAACAUCAUUGUCUUGACCAGUGGUCUUCUUCUUGUCACCAUGUUAAUUGGAAACAUCAAGGUGUUUUUGCAUGCAACAACAUCAAAAAAGCAAGCAAUGCAACUGAAGAUGAGGAACAUUGAAUGGUGGAUGAGGAAGAGGCGGCUGCCGCACGGGUUACGGCAGAGAGUGCGAACGUAUGAACGGCAUCGUUGGGCCGCCAUGCGCGGCGUUGAUGAGUGUGAGAUGACCAGCAAUUUGCCUGAAGGGCUAAGAAGAGACAUCAAGUAUCAUCUUUGUUUGGAUUUGGUCAAGCAGGUGCCACUAUUUCAGCACAUGGAUGAACUUGUCCUAGAGAACAUUUGUGACCGCGUGAAGUCUCUCAUAUUCACAAAGGGAGAAACAAUAGCCAAAGAGGGAGACCCAGUCCAAAGAAUGCUAUUUGUAGUAAGGGGUCACCUUCAAAGCAGCCAACUUCUAAGAGAUGGUGUGGAAAGUUGUUGCAUGUUAGGUCCCGGAAACUUCAGCGGAGACGAACUCCUUUCGUGGUGUUUAAGGCGGCCCUUCAUCGAGCGCCUUCCGCCGUCUUCAUCCACUCUUGUAACACUAGAAACCACCGAGGCAUUCGGCCUAGAAGCCGAGGAUGUGAAAUAUGUUACACAGCAUUUUAGAUAUACUUUUGUGAAGGAAAAAGUGAAAAGAAGUGCCAGGUAUUAUUCGCCAGGAUGGCGAACAUGGGCUGCCGUGGCGAUUCAAUUGGCGUGGAGGAGGUACAAGCAUCGGUUGACUUUGACUUCCUUGUCUUUUAUAAUGCCAAGGAGGCCUGUGUUACGUUCCUCUUCCAUGGGAGAAGACAGGCUUAGGCUCUAUACAGCAUUGUUAACCUCUCCAAAGCCUAAUCAGGAAGAUUAUGACUUCUGAGAACGGGAGAUAUACUAUUAUAUAUAUGCUCAUCAUGUCAGAUUUAUUUGGCUAAUUUUCACAGUGGAGUAUGAGAAAUUGGCUGUGUAUAUGUGUGUGUUUAUGUCCACCAUCCUAUUACUCAAUCAUUUGUUCAACGUUUUAGAUUUCUUUUAAAUAAAUGUAGUUCAAUAUUUCACAUCUUUUAAACUUCGGAUUAAUAUUUUA